AUGGCACAGAAACCCCCGUCAGACCUCCUUGGUCGCACGCGCGCGAUCUCCAUCACCCUCGCAAACGGCACUCCCCAACUCGGCAAGCGACAAGCCACGGGAACAGCGAUCGCACAAGCCUCAACCUUGACUGAAUUGCGUGAAUCGUAUAUAGGGGGAUCAAACGACGAGCAUGGCCACUCGAUGCGGAUAGCAAAGCCUGAUCAAAAUGCAGACGUCGAAUUGAUUGAACUAGUCACAGCAGGAGCAAUUCCCGCACUAGAGCAACAGGAGAUGCCAAAGCAUGCGAAUCAUACGUUUCAAGAAACUCAGGAUGAUGGGGCGAAGAAGGGAUGGGGACCAACAGUCUUGAAUGGGCUGAAGGCGUUUUGGAAGUUCUUCAAGACGUUUUGGGGUUUUUGGAUCACGAUAUACUGCCUGAACAUCGUUGGAUGGGGACUUAUGCUCGUCAUCCUGAUCUCCAAAGCCGUACCGGCAAUGAACCACCCCACAGCCGACGACAACAGCUCGCAACGCAAGAUCUGGAUUGAGAUCGACACCCAGAUCCUCAACGCGUUAUUCUGCGUCACUGGCUUCGGUCUCGCACCGUGGCGCUUUCGAGAUUGGUAUUGGACAGUCCGGGCCAUCCACUUCCAUGAUAAACAUGCCAUGUAUCGGCUAACGCAGCAGAACAAGGGCUGGUUCCGACCCAGCGAGGAGUACACCGAAGCCGUUGCUGUUGAACAUGAGAAAGAUACGGUUGCAUCCAACGGUGUGAGGGCACCUCCGACUGCGCUCUGGAAGUUGGCAUUUGUGGUGAAUAUGAUGGUGUUGAACACGGCGCUGCAGGCUUUGCUUUCUUAUUAUUUAUGGGGGUAUAAUAGAAUUGAUCGACCAUCGUGGGCUACCGGCACUUUCGUCGGUCUGGGAGCCGUUACUGGCAUAUUUGCCGGACUGAUGUAUUGGUGGGAGCGCCGCAAGGUGAAAAAAAUCGAGGGGCCAGAGGUGAGAGUCGUCUAUGUAUAG